AUGGCGCGCACUGCCGCCGCCACCUUCUCGCCCUUUGCCUUUCCCAGCUCGCCCAUCUUCAUUCCGCCGUCGCUGCUGAAGCCUUUCAGUUACCUGCAGGCAGGGGCAGCUGCUGCUGCGGCUGCUUCUGCUGGUGUUGGUGCCGGUGCUGGUGGCUGUAAUCCACUUCGACCACUGAAUCUCUCUCUCGGUCCUGGCACCACCGCUGAGGGAGCUGUCAUUUCAGUGAAUACGCUCAGUGCUGGACAGACGCACUCUAAUGGGGUUAACCUCAACGGCGGCGGUGGGGGAGGUUGUGGUGGUCACCUGAGCAGCAGCACUACUGCAUCUGGCGCAACUCCUCUGGCCACCAAAUCUCAAGCAGACCCAGGCACAGUGUCCAUUAGCAGCCAUGCGGGCAAAGGGUCUAACGCCGUGAACAACAGCAACGGCAACAGCAAUGGCAGCGGAAGUGGAAAUAAGCGCAACUCCUCACCCACUCUUCUCUGCGUCGUUUGCGGCGAUCUGUCUAGUGGCAAGCACUACGGUAUUCUCGCCUGCAAUGGCUGCAGUGGCUUCUUUAAGCGAAGCGUUCGACGUAAACUCAUCUACAGAUGCCAGGCCGGAACGGGUGGUUGUACUGUGGAUAAGCAACAUCGAAACCAGUGUCAGGCCUGUCGACUGAAGAAGUGCAUUGCAAUG